AUGUUUGUAGUUGACAAGGCUGCACUGGAUAUGCGAGCCGUGAAUGAUAUUGCAAAUGACACAUUCUCUUCAAAGUUGUUUGUUGAUAUCACAAGUGGCCGCGCUCCAACAAUGUGUUGCCACUCUUCGGAACAUGUUAGGGAACUCAAGUUCAUGGCAUCAUUGAUUCGUCAAAUAUUGAGAACCUCACCUGGUGAAGUGAUUGAGAAGUUGGCGUUGGAUGAUGUCGAGGGUGCUGAUCCAGACAUACACCCAACCAAAGUCUAUCCAGUGAUGUUCAGCGGGUACAUCAAUGGCUACCCAAUACUAUUCUGCAAUCAUGGUGAUUGGUCAACAAGUUGUCUCGAUGGCGCAAAGGUAGUGUCGGUGACGGCCAACGUCACGUACAACAUCACCAAUCCCACGUCUUCUGAUGAGGAAGACGAGUCACCAACUCUGGAAAAAGAGGCAGCAAAACUUUUCCAAUUCAUGUAUCCAGCUUCAUUGGCGCAGUUUAUCGAGCCCACUGUCGUCCAAUGGCGCGAAAUAUUCAUGGACAACUGGAACAAAGUUUCGAAGGCAAGCGAUGCCCAGGCCCCAAAGUCAAAGAAGACGCCAAAGUCCAACCCCAUUUAUAUCGAGACAUUAUCUAUUGACUCAAGGACCAUCACAUUGGGCAAGGGACCCAUGUAUAUCAGGAGGCCUGAUAUGAAUUCCAAGUGGAAGGCUCAGGAUGUCAACUAUAAUGGAGUGUUUGGUACUUUCGUAUCCAGUGCUGAGCUGCCACCGCCAUUGGCACACCAAUGUUCGCCACUGCCUGACACAAUCAUGUUUGGUAUCAUCGUUGGCAUGCUGUGUCGGGCGUGUUCCCGAAGCAAUUACCUGUGGCGGUGGCGUCUGUCACUCUCGCUCGUCUCCAAGAAGUGGCACCAAUACAUCAGCACAAGAUUCAAUGAUCAUCUCGUCAUCAAGUCGGCCAAAUCACUUGUUGACUUUUUGGACCACCACUUUGAUCGGAGUGAUGAUGGAAGGGUGGAACCAUUCCGUCAUCAUUUCCAAUAUCAUCGAUCAAAGAUUACAUCCUUGGCAGUUAGAGGUGUCGAUUAUACGAUGAUACUGAAGCUACAUAAGCACGAGUUGUCAUCUGGACUGCUUGGCAGCUCGUUGCAAACACUGAUGGCAUGUGCAUCAUUCAUCGAGUACAUCACCAGGUUCUGCACACAGCUGGACUCGUUGACAUCACUCACCAUCACUUUGGACUCUGACACUGACUUGCCGGCAAUGGAGAAGAUCGCCACACGUCUUGAUGCAGCAAUGUCCAACCAAAACAAUCAGACGCGAAUCAAGAAGCUGAGACUGUGCAUGGAGUCUGCGGAAACGGAUGUGUUUGUAAGAUUGCGACCGUUCAUCUUCCACCCGAUCUUUAGUGAUCUCCAAUCGCUUGGUAUCUUCAUCCAGUAUGGAGAGAAGAUAGAGUUUAAUGACCUGUUCACUGAGCUUCCCAAGCUCACCAAGUUGGAGUCACUGGUGUUCAACUUUGACCGGGAGGAACAAGUACUGUUCUCUGAGCCCUGUCUGGCCUAUCUCAAGCAGGCCAGUACACUCAAGAAGUUCAAAAUAGACACAGAAUCUUGGGUUUGA